AUUUCACAUUGAAUUUACAAAAAUAGCCCUCUCUCAGUCUUCAGAUCUCAACUUCAAUGCUCAAACCCCCAAGUUAACAGUAACAGCAACAGCCACAGCCUAUCACAGAAGCUUUGCUCCGCCGCUCCCAGAUUUCAAUUUGGAUGGCUCUGUCUCGCAGAAAAGGCAAGUUGAUCUUCGCGUUAACUGUUUCUUUGCUCCUCGCAGAUUUAUCUUAUUUCCCACGUCUUUGUUGCGUUGUUCUUGCAUCACCCGAAUCCGACCCCUCUGUAAAUUCCAACUCAGCAAUCGAAACUGACAUAAAAAAUGACAUCCCUUUUAAGCAAAACGACAACCCUUCAUCGGGAACAUGUGUUGAUCACGAUUUGGUAAGCAAGCAGGAGCUCCAAUUGGUGAAGCUUCAAGAAUUAGUUCAAAACCUCACGCAGCUUGUUGAUAGGCUAGAAUCCCGGCUUUCUGAUGAUCUGGGAAGCAAAAAGAUGCAUUCUUUAUCUUCACACGAUGAUGAAAUCAUUGGUGUUGAGCAAAUUAAGGAAGGGGAUAGUUUGCCUGGUAAAGGAGAGAUGAAGGGAGGAGGUGGGAUGAAGUCGGGGCCAAUGUUAGUGACUAAGUUUAACACAUUUUGGGCGGAGAGGUUUCAGUUUGUAUCGGCAGUUAAGUUGAUUUCUACCCCUACUUGUGUUAAUGUGUUGCCUAAUAAGGAUUUUGAGGGUUUGAGCAAGUACUUUGCUGUUGGGGAUGAUAUAGGGAAGUUGUAUUUGUUUCUGAGGAGUGGGGAGGUUGCUUUGGAGUUCAAGGCCUUCCCCGAGGUGGAGAAGCCCUCACCAAUCUCUGCCAUUGCCUCUUACUUGUCACUUCACAAGAAUGAGACCUUGAUUGUGACGGGCCAUGGCAAUGGCGUUAUUGUAAUGCAUCGGGUUUGGGAGACGUUUAGUGGCGAUGAAUGGAGCUCGCUUCAUGUGGAGCGAGUUGGGAGGUUUGAGAUGCCGGAGUCUUGGGGUUUGCGGAUUAGCAUGAUGGAAGUGCACCAUAUUGGUAGGAGGAGGUACAUUUUGGCAAUAGAUGAUGGUGGAAAGAUUAUGGUGUUUAAGGAGGAUGGGACACUAUAUGGUACUGCUACACCUAAUAAACGACCGAUUGCAUUCUUGAAGCAACGUCUGUUGUUUCUCACAGACACGGGGGCAGGCUCGUUGGAUUUGAGAACCAUGAAACUGAAGGAGACAGAAUGUGAGGGUCUCAACAGCUCUGUUGCAAAGAGUUAUGUUUUUGAUGCCAUGGACCGGUCCAAGGCGUAUGGGCUGACAGGGGAAGGGGACUUGGUUCAGACGUCGCUGCUAGGUGAUGUGAUGAACUUCAAGUGUCGGGUGAGAUCAAAGAGGAAGCUGGACAUGGACAAGCCUUUGGCGUUGCAGGCUAUCAAAGGCUACUUGCUGGUUGCUAACAAGGACAAGGUUUAUGUGUACAAUGUCUCGUCUCAGCACUAUGUCCGUGCUGGCGGGCUGAGGCUCUUGUUCUCUGCUGGCCUUGACGAGAUCAUAGCGCCUUUCCUAAACCAGCAACAGGGCGAUGAUGUGAACAUGGAGAAGAAACUUGGUGUGCCCUUGAUCACCAGUGAUCACGAGAAGCUCGUGAUCAUCAGCCUUGGGAAUGGAUACGUUGCCAUGUAUCGUUCCAAUCUCCCCGUGUUCAAGAAUGAGUUCAACAGCAUCUUGUGGACGAGCCCUGUCCUGUUUUUCAUCCUCUUCCUCUUCGGAGCCUGGCAGUGCUUCGCCAACAAGAAGGAGGCGCUCACCUCUUGGGGCCCCGAUGACCCCUUCACUUCAGCAUCUGUCGUGAGUGGAGCUUCUCCGUUAGGUUCAGCCACUGGCGACAGAUCCUUCCCGGAUUCUUCAAGAAAAUCCGAGAUCAUGGAGCUAAGAGGAGGCAGUGGUCUAAGAGGCUCCUCGAGGUAUGUCUCCCCACCGCGGUAUUCAGGUGGAGGGGCCAAUCCAUACAGGCCAGGUGGCGUUGAUACGGACUCUAGACCUGCUCCGAAUCAUUACAGGCCUAGCAACACUGAUACGGAUUCCAGGCCUACAACGAAUCAUUACAGGCCUAGUCCGGAUACUGAUGCUAGGUCUUCGCCCGUUGACCCCCGUUUCAGAACAGCAGAACUGAAGUACCGGGGGUCGAACGUGGAUGCUUCGGCUGUUCCAAAGAGAAGGGAAAACAACCCCUAUGUAAGUAGCCAAGUUGUGGAUGAUAGCAACUGAGGUUUUGCUAUAUUACCCAUAUUCUACACUCAUAAACUAUGUUCACCUCUGCACUUGGCUCUACUUGUCAAUUUGUUAACACUAUAUCAAAGAACAAAUAAAUGCAAAAUUUGAGGCUUUUAUGUCUUA